ACAUUCAGCUACACCAGCAACGUUCGAUCCUCUUCUAUCCUAUAUGGACACCAUUACAUUUGUCGGCUUGCUCUACUGGCUGUUGUGCAUGAUUUUAUUCGGUCCGGCAAUGUUCUUUGUGGCCGUUUAUCUGCCAGAACUUCCAGUGCGUUAUGUGAAAAGCCUGAGGCAGCAAACUUAGUAGUUUCAGGCAAGUGGUGCAUGGUUUUAUACAGCCAUAUACGUAAUGGUAAUGAUGUACAACCAGCGAUCGAAGUGCAUCUAUAAUAAAAGUUUAUUUAAAAGU